UUGUAGGUCAUCGCCGUGAGGGAAGCUCUCUCAUUGGUUUGGCGGCCGGUAUUUCCGUACCGUCAUCACCAACGGGAUCGUGCAGGGGGAUGCAGCCGCUACAGGUACCAAAUAUACACGCACUUUUGAUUUAACCUUACUCUCUCUCUUAUCCUGUCAUCGACCAACUCAUGUACCAACUUGUCAGUCCUAUAAGAGACCCCACUCGUCCCUUGAGCCGCGAGCCUCGUUCACGAUGGUUUGUAUAUCUCUUAUUAACAUCCCUCAUCCCUACCGGGGACUGUUCCUUUUCCUAUAUUUCUUAGUUCACUUCUCGGAACAGUCUCCCUUUAGUUAGGUACCUAGACUAUUCCUUUAACUUCUUAGCAAACAAACGGGUGUUGUCUUAGUCGCCGCAAUGAAUUCAGCUUCACCUACUACAAGCACCUCCACAAACAGAGGUGGCCGUCCUAAGGAUUGGACCGACCCCAGAGCUCGGAGACUCGUGCGACUGUAUAUCUAUACGAGGUUACCCUUCGAGCUUAUAUUAAAACUCCUAGAAGAAGGCGUCUGGAAACCUGGCAAGGAUGCUGCCAAUAAGGUCAAGAAUUCGCUCCUCGGAAAUGAUCCUAGGUGGAUAAGACCCAAGGAUGAGGAUGACGAGAGAAGACGUAUAGCAGGCCUCAAAAACAGCCGACGCGGGACAAGGUUUCGCCAGAGGACAUCAUCAUCGCAUCUUGCCAAUGAACACCUAACAGUCUGUGGUUCUGGCUGGCAUGAUGAUGACAGUUUGACUCUUGCUCAAUCCAACCAACCCUCCUUCGAGUAUAUCAAACAAGAGCCGAAUCGUCACAGUUCCGAAGUUGGAGCCAACUUUCCAAAUAUCACCUAUCAUGAUAAUUAUGACGACAAUGCUGCACUACAGUUCUCUUGGUCUCUCAAUAACUCGAACACAUCUCGCCGGGACACCAAUCUGACUAAUUCUACCGAAACCAGCAUGAGCAGUAGCUUUCAGGAGAAGCUUUCAACCGUGUCUCGAGACCAAGCGAAGGGUGCUUGGCGUGUCUUGAAACGAUAUACCUUCCCACAGAAUCCUGAUAUCAACCGAAGGAAUGCUUUUUCUCCGGUGCUCUCCCCUGGGCCGUCAGGUGCUCCUAUGCCUGAUCCGUUCAGCUCAAGGCACGCACUUCCCGGAGACUUCUUGAAUACAGAUUUGUUCAACGGAGAAAAUAAAUGCGGAGUUGGAUCUCCUUCUCACGAGGCCGAGACCUGUUGGUGCCGGAUCGUCAAUGAGCUGAGACCGCCUUAUGAGACAUGGCCAAUCAAUAAUGAUCAUCCUACUAUCUACGACAUUUAUUCCAACAGCCUACAUGAAAUCAGAGAUCCAUUUGGUAACACAGUAUUCCAUUGGCUCGCCGGCGCGAUUGGAGACAGGAAUUAUUUCCUCAAUCUCAUCACUCAAGCACUAAGCCAGAACUUGCAACUAAUUCACGCGACGAAUACAGCUGGGCAGACAUUUCUCCAUCUUCUUCAUAACUCUUGGUUUGAUGACGAAAUACUAUUGGAGCGACUCCUCAACAUGCUUAGGGAUGCUGACUUCAACAUCUUGGCAACCGAUGUUUACGGCCGUAGCUUUUUCCACCUGCUGCAGAAUAAGAAGCGGGACUCUAUUCGCAUACCGGAACACUUAUUUAAUCGGGAAUUACUUCAGCGGCGGGAUGCAUUUGGUGUUAAGCCAAUGGACUCUCAAGCGCAACAGCCAGAGCCACCUACGGCACAAGGCAUACCCCGUGUGAACCCCUUAAAUACAAGGGGUGCGAGUAAUGCGGAGUGUUUACUAGGGGUUCUCGAAAUACCUUCCGAUCGAGGGGACGAUGCUCAAAUUCGAACGCAAGCUGAGCUUGUACGAAUAGUUGUCGACGCUAUUAAGGUCGAUCCGGUCAACUCGACUAAUCAGAACUCUUUGACGGAAGAUGCGCACGGACGCAAUGCGCUUCACGCUCUCGCAGAAGUUGAGCUCGACAUUGACCGGGUCCAACAUCCCACUUAUGAUAACCAACGACAUAAGAAGAGGAAAUUCAAGGAGGAGGAAGGGGAACCGCGACCUGACAGUAGCCACAAUAGCAAAAGAUUGGAAUUUCUUGAAGGUAUCAUCGCUUCCUCUGUUGAUGUUAACCAUUAUGACAACCGUGGACAAACACCCUUAAUGGCCUUUAUCGCGCUAAGGCCAGAGGACUCGAGAUCGGACAAAGAAGAUAUGGAAAGGUUCAUUCGGAAAAUAGUCGAGGCGGGUGCCAAUCUUGAGCAGCGCAAUCGUGAAGGCAAGACUGCCCUCCACGUCGCUGCUUGCUCCGGGAAAAAGGUUGCCCUGAAAGAACUACUUCAACUGGGAGCCAAUCCCUACGUUCGUGACGCAUGUGGCUUAAGCGUUCUGGCCGCCAUUGACGAGAUAUGGAUCCAUACCGAAAGAGAUGGCGCCCUCACAGCUCGACUAGAAGCAUGUCGAGGUGUGUUUACCAGUCUCGUGCAGCCGGACGCCCAGGAGCCCAGCGUUGUACAGGAAUGGGGAGUGAGGAGACCAACACCUAGAUUAUGACAGAAACCAACUAGCUACCGCAACCCUUCGAAAUGGGGUAUUUCUAUGGAAGUACAAGUGGAACUACGAGAGACGAUGUACGAUUACCUAUUGCCGUCUUUUUCAGGUCUUGAUAGAUACCCUUGUAUAUUUUAACGGAGUUCUGGGGACGGCGAGGUAUUGUACAAUUCGCCUUUGAUAGGCUAGAAUAGAGCGGUCAGUCCGAUUAGAUACAUAGAAUGAAGAGAUAGAAUGAAGAGAAAGAAAGAAAAAUUUGCUCUGCU